AUGAAGGAGACUCGGACAGAUGUGAAGGCAGAGAUGUCUCCAGUCCUCACCUGUUUGCUGCUUUUCCUAGCUGGCUGCUCAGGAUGCCAGCACCAUGCCUGCUGCUGCAUGGGCAGGGUCUUCGUUUGUCAGGAGAGCAAGGUGGUCCAAGUUCCCCGGGACAUCCCUGCCAACACCACCGAGCUGAGAUUUAUCCUCACCAAGAUGAGAGUUAUUCCAAAAGGAGCUUUCACAGGACUUGGUGACCUAGAGAAAAUAGAGAUCUCGCAGAAUGAUGCCUUGGAGGUCAUAGAAGCAAAUGUGUUUUCCAACCUUCCCAAACUACAUGAAAUAAGAAUUGAGAAGGCAAACAACCUGGUGUACAUUGAUCAAGAUGCCUUUCAACACCUCCCGAGCCUCAGAUAUUUGUUAAUAUCAAACACUGGCCUUCGGUUUUUACCUGCUGUCCAUAAGGUGCACUCAUUCCAGAAAGUUUUACUAGAUAUUCAAGACAAUAUCAAUAUACGCACAAUCGAAAGAAAUUCAUUCACAGGCCUAAGUUCUGAAAGUGUGAUUCUAUGGCUAAAUAAAAAUGGGAUUCGGGAAAUUGAAAAUCACGCAUUUAAUGGAACAUACCUGGAUGAGCUAAAUCUAAGUGAUAAUCACAACCUAGAAAAAUUACCAAAUGAGGUCUUCCAAGGAGCCAAUGGGCCCAUUGUUUUGGAUAUUUCAAGGACAAGAAUCAGUUUCCUGCCAAGUCAUGGAUUAGAGCUCAUUAAGAAGCUAAGAGCAAGGUCUACAUACAAUUUUAAAAAGCUUCCUGAUUUAAGCAAAUUUAGAUCUUUGAUUGAGGCAAACUUCACCUAUCCUAGCCAUUGCUGUGCAUUUAAAAACUGGAAAAGACAAAACACUGAAUUACAUCCAAUAUGUAGCAUAUCUCAGGCCAAGCAAGACCUUGAUGAGCAGACUGGCAAUAAGAUACACAGACGAUCUGCAGCUGAAGAUUAUGUUUCCAACUACGGCAUAGGAUUUGACCCAGCAGAGAGUGAAUUUGACUACGGUUUAUGCAAUGAAAUAGUGAACAUAGUUUGCUCACCUAAACCCGAUGCUUUCAAUCCAUGUGAAGAUAUCAUGGGAUACAACACUCUGAGAGUCCUCAUAUGGUUUAUUAGCAUUUUAGCUGUCACUGGGAACAUUGUUGUCCUCAUUAUUUUAAUAAGCAGUCAAUACAAAUUCACCGUACCUCGUUUUCUAAUGUGCAACCUUGCAUUUGCAGACCUCUGCAUAGGUAUCUAUCUGUUGUUUAUUGCAUCUGUAGAUAUUCAGACCAAAAGCCAGUAUUACAACUAUGCCAUAGACUGGCAAACUGGGGCAGGAUGCAAUGCUGCAGGAUUUUUCACAGUGUUUGCAAGCGAACUCUCAGUCUACACGCUGACUGUGAUAACUCUGGAAAGGUGGCACACCAUCACCUACGCCAUGCAGCUGGACCGCAAGGUUCGAUUUCGUCAUGCUGUUAUUAUAAUGAUUUUUGGCUGGAUGUUUGCUUUCACAGUGGCACUUCUUCCCAUAUUUGGAGUGAGCAGCUACAUGAAGGUCAGCAUCUGUUUGCCCAUGGAUAUAGAAACACCAUUUUCUCAGGCUUAUGUUAUCUUUCUUUUAGUGUUGAAUGUACUUGCAUUUGUGAUCAUAUGUGCCUGCUACAUCUGCAUCUACUUUACUGUGAGAAACCCUAAUGUCAUCUCUUCAAACAGUGACACCAAGAUUGCCAAGCGCAUGGCCAUACUGAUCUUCACAGACUUCCUCUGCAUGGCGCCCAUAUCAUUUUUUGCAAUAUCCGCUUCACUCAAGGUUCCUCUCAUCACAGUGUCCAAAUCCAAGAUACUUCUGGUUUUGUUUUACCCCAUAAAUUCCUGUGCUAACCCAUUCCUCUAUGCCAUUUUCACAAAGACUUUCCGCAGGGAUUUCUUUGUUCUGUUGAGCAAGUUUGGUUGCUGUGAAAUGCAAGCCCAGAUUUACAGAACAGAGACCUCCUCAUCUGCUCAUAAUUUCCACAUGAGAAAUGGCCAUUGCCUUCCUGCAUCAAAGAACAGUGAUGGGACUAUUUAUUCCUUGGUUCCUCUGAAUCACUUGAACUGAAAUGCCUUCAUGAAUUUGUGUCUGAGGCAGUGUGAUAAUCACUUUCAACUGUGAAUUUGAAUAAUGACUUCAUCCUAGUAUAUAAAAUUAUUUUUUAAGAGAAAAAAGCUUUAUUUCUAUUGUGCUAUUUUUGUUCAGUGGACAGCCAUCAGAGAUGAGGCAUCAGCUUCAUCAGUUCUUGAAGGACAAAGAACAAAACCUCAGUAUGUGCCAAACUGUCCUUGUAAAAUUGUCUAAAGAAAUAAGAUUUUAAACUGUUAUCUCCCCCCAUACAAGCAGAGAUUCCCUUCAUUCUAGGAAAUGUUAGCUUCUUAUUUUAAUUAAGUAAUGGUUAUGUGCAGUUGAAAGGAAAAAAAACGCAGAAUUAUUUUUUUUUGUCUGUGAAGUGUGUUCUAACAGUGACAUAUUGUUCUUAUUAUUAAUCCUGUCUCCUGGGUUCACAAGAGAAAGGCCAACUUUAUGCCCUCCUUCAGCACUGAUGAGGAAUGACAAUAUCUUGUGUGGUUUCCAUUUUUGUUGACCACAGCAGAGCGGCAGCACGCAUCACCAGCUAUGCUGGCAUCUGCUCUUCCACUCUACAUGAACCUGCCUUGCCCUGCACGAAAGUGUCACUUUGGGAAGGAUUUGUGUUCUUCUAGAUUGGCAGGCUCAGAGAACCAGAUUUCACCUGGUCUGGGAUCAAGGAGUUUGGUUUGGGGAUUGUUUUCAAGGUGAAUGAGUACAAGAGAAACCCUUCAUAAUAAGGGGGAUGUUUUCUCAAGUUAGCCUUGCAAAGUUGGGUUGAAAUCACUGUUGUGUGUUUGGGCCCUUUGGGUAUGGCAAGAUAGGCCAACAGGCUGCUCUAGCAUGAUACCUGUGCAUUGCACUGUCUCAGCUCUGCAAGGAACAAGCCCUGUGUAAGGUAUCCAGACACAGCUUUUGAAAACCUGAACAAAAGAUUUUGUGAAAUUUUAAUAUUUUUCUUUCCCUUUUCUUUCUAAAAACAACAAAACAAAACAAAAACAAAACAAACAAAAUAACCAAAAACAAAAUGAAAAAAACACCAAAAAAAACCCAAAAUCCUUCAUGUGCACAUUAUCAGAUGACAAUCCAGAUUGGAUCAUUGGACUUGAUGAUCUUAAAGGUAUUUUCCAAGCAAAAUUAUUGUAAGAUUCAAAGUAGAUUGAAAGAAAAAAUACUCUGUAUAUGUUGAAAUAACAAAAAAAGAAGAAAAAUCUUAAUCAAGAUUUCCUGAUUUUACAGGGUUUUUGAGUAACAUCUCAAUGAAGAUACAGAACUUCUACAUUAUUUGAAUAUCAAACUUUUUGAGAAUUAAUCAUUCCAAGUCAUACAGAAUAUUUAGGUUUGGGUAGGGUAUUCUCCUUCCUACAUGUGGGUGGGUAUGUUUAGGUAGGUGGGCUUAUAUGUGGGUAUGUGGGCAUAAAGAAAACACCAGAACAGGAAGUCUAGCCUUCAUUUCCCCCUCACAAACAAUUCAUGGUCUUCCCCCAUGAGAUUAUAAAUCUUUGCAGUCUUCACAGUUAAAAGUGAUGUGCUUUGAAUAUUUCCUGCCUGCAACUCCUAAAAUUUCAGUACUAAUUCUUGAUACUUCUAUCCAUAGUUUCUGUCGUAAGAUUCACAUCUCAGCAUCUGAACCUGUUGUGAGUAACUCCAGGAGAGGAUUAUUCAUUCAGUGCAAAUCAUGGAAGGAAGUAUAAAUCCCCUCUGCACAAAACAGGCAAGAUCAAAGACAGUGUGUUUGGAGCAGGAAAAGGGGGGUGGAAAUUCCAUUACUCAACACAAGUAACACUCCCUCCAAGAUCCAGGAGAAGGAAGAAUGAAAUAGCAAAACAGGAAAGAGUUCACCUCUGGGAAGCUGUUCUGUUGUGACUGCCCAAAAGAAUCACUUCUUCACAAAUGCUCUGUUAUAUACAGUGUACUUGAGUACAGCCAUUAAAGCCCAUCUCAAUCAAAGUGAAUGAGGAUGUUCCAAAAUAUUCUAUAUGCAUUUAAAAAUUCCUACUCCUGAACCUGUUCUUAGGCAAAAAAUAAGAGGUGUUCUUUGGCAAAUACUAGCCCAUUUUAGUUGACAAAUAGGGCAAAUCCUUGUAGUGCAGCACACCCAUUUGCCUGGGCCCUGGCCAUUUUCAAGGGCAAUAGGAUAAGACCCGUCUGUUCAGGAAAGCACAGGCAUAGUCUAGAAGCCAGUUUUGUAAAUACUCUCACAGGUACGUCAAGCACAUGAGUGUAGUACAGCUCAUCUACCCAGACACUUGCGGAAUCAGGACCCAGUUAAAUAUGCUUGAUAAAUAAAUACCCCUGAGAAGAGACCUUGCACCUUGUAGCCAGGGUGAGACCAGAGUCCAAGGGGUGAAGCUGUCUGGCCCAUGGCUCUUCCUCCAGAGGAGACAAGAGAUUUGGAGAGUAAGUGGAUCCUGCACUUUGCCUCAUCCCAUGCAGGAGGACAGCAUGAAGAUGCUUGAGGCAUGUGUCAUCCUGCCCACACAUGCUGCACAGGAGGAGC